GGUGGCCAUUUUUAUAAAGCAGGAAGUGAGUAGUGUACACUAAAGUGAUCAUGGCAGAUAACUACAGGGACUAUAAUCUGACAGCGGAUCAGCAGGCCAUUAAAGCCAAGUACCCGCCCCUCAAUAAGAAAUAUGAGUAUCUGGAUCACACAGCUGACGUUCAGUUACAUGCCUGGGGAGAUACCUUGGAAGAGACAUUUGAGCAGUGUGCUAUGGCCAUGUUUGGCUACAUGACGGAUACAGAGACGGUUGAACCCUUGGAUACUAUAGAAGUGGAGGCAGAAGGACAUGACCUGCUCUCUCUUCUCUAUAACUUCUUGAAUGAGUGGCUAUAUAAAUUCAGUGCUGACCAGUUCUUCGUACCCAGGGAGGUGAAAGUGCUUCACAUUGACCGAAUGAGGUACAAAAUAAGGUCCAUUGGGUGGGGGGAAGAGUUCUCUUUACCCAAACACCCUCAGGGUACUGAGGUCAAGGCAAUAACUUAUUCAGCAAUGCAGAUCUAUGAAGAAGAGACUCCAGAAGUGUUUGUGAUCAUCGAUAUCUAAAACAAGAAGAAAACUGCUGAAAGGAGUGAAUACUUGUCAUUGCUGGCAAAGGUCCCACACGAACUCUGUCAUCCGUCUGGAAAUAAUGGAACAAUUGGCUAUAAAUGUAUUGUAAUACUUAGACCCAGUAAGAUGCUCCAUCAGCUGGGAGGAGGAAUCACAGGGAAUAGCCACCUAUGAUUUUACUCUGAGGAUGGUGAACCAGGCUGGGAACUGCAUAUCCAGAAAGGAGAGCUAAGUUUCUCUGGUGAAAAGAAAGGGAUUUGUAGGGAGUCUCUCAGUAGCACUGAUACUUUUAUAUCGAUUUUUAAAGGCCAGCAUUGGUACUGGGUUCCUUUUGAAUGUAGGUGGGGAAAUCAAAAGGGGGUUAUUUUUAUUAGCCAAAAAUAUAUUUUAUUGAGUGAGCAGGAGAAGACUAGAGUGUCAUAGAUCUGAACACUUUGCCUUCUUUUAGAGAAACUACCUCUCCUCUGUUUUGCACUGUUUUGAUAUAGAUUUUAAUUUGCUCAUUCCAAAGUGGCAUCUCUGUUUCACUUUAUUUAAAGCUUCCGAGGGCAUGUCUACACAGCAAACUAAAACCCAUGGCUGGGCCAUGCCAACCGACUUGGGCUCAGGCUGUGGGGCUGUUCCAUUGCUGUGUAGGCUUUCAGGCUGGGGCCCAGGCUCUGGGACCCUCCUACCUCACAGGGUCCCAGAGCCUGGGCCCCAGCCCAAGCUUGGAAGUCUACACAGCAGUGAAACGACCCCACACCCAGAGCCCUGCAAGCCUGAGUCGGCUGGCAUGGGUAAGCCACAAGUCUCUAGUUGGUGUGUAGACAUACCUUGAGAUCUCUGCUGCUAGUCUGGCCUAAUGAAAGGAUUUACCAUGAUAAAAGUCCAUCUUGACCUGUUUGUGUUAAAGUGAAAAGAUGCCACUAGGUGGUACUGGAUCUCCUCCAUAGAACACUGGUAAACUCCUACUGUAAUGAAGCAUGUGUCCAUGUGAGUGUAGUACAGUACUAAUGUUUCCUCUUGCCCUUCCCACAAGCAGAGGCUGCAUUCACCAUUUCUGGGGUAGAAGGGAGUCUACCAGGAUUUGCAUGUCCCAGAACAAUUAGAUCUUGGCAUAUGAAGGGCACUUCUCUCCUGUUCCCGUGAUGGCAGUCAAUAAACUGGCUACUUCUUUCUUAAGACCGUAGAAACGGUACAUAGCAUUCCUCCAUUGUAGGACAAUGCAUUGUCAUGCAGGAGGCAAACUCUGACUGAACACCUUUCCUACAGAGAAGUGUGUGUAAACUUCACCGUUCUUCAUUGUGCUAUACAGUUCUGAGACCUUGCAUGUAAACAGUGCGGAAAGUUCCUAUGUCUUUCUUUAAAUGCUAAUGUAUAUUUUGGGUUGGCCUUUACUAGCAAGGGAUGGUUGUGGGUGUGUUAGUGGGGAGGAGAAAGAGAAUAAUUACAGCAAGUGGAGUUUUUUGUGGGGCAGGAGUGAGUAAAUUAUAUUUUCAGCAGCUCUAAGGCACCUUCAUACUGCCAGGGGCAAACUAGAAUUGGGACCCGUAUCUUUCACAGUAGUGUACAAGUUAACUGUGUGAGUAACGGUUCUUUGCUGUUUGAACAUUAUUGCAUAUAGGAUCCAUGCAGGACAAUUGUCAUCUUUUUGAAAUGACCACUUACUAGCUCUCCUUUUAUUAUCAGCAUAGGAAGUGGGAUGUUUGAAAGAGGGUAGGAGCAAAUCACCAACAGGUAUCAGUAACAUCUUAUCUGCAGUUGUCUCUGUUUGGCUCAGUAUAGCAUGUCAGAACUAGGGUGACCAGACAACAAGUGUGAAAAAUUGGGAUGGGGGUUGGGGGUAAUAGUUGCCUAUAUAAGACAAAGCCCCAAAUAUCAGGACUGUCCCUAUAAAACUGGGACAUCAUCACGCUAACGAACCCCACUGCCCACUACCUCAAAAAAGAAGAGUCUAUUGUACUAUAACUAGGAAAGGUUAAUACUGUGUUUAGUACCCUUCCCUUCUUCCAUUGUAUUUUGAGAAAAUAAUUACAAAGUGUAGAAAGGGCUGCCCACUUCAAGCAGCUUUCUUUUUUAAAAUGUUUUACUUAAGACCACCUUUAAAGGGAGGAACGGGUUUUCUUACAAUCAUGUUACUGUGCACAUGGCCAUUUAAAAAUCUCUUCAAUUUAGUUGCAUGUAUAGUGUGAAAUAAAGUUGACUUAAUUGUG